GCGUUCUUCCGGCUUACAUGUUGUCGCGAACGAAGAAAAAAAGGAAAAGAAAAGACGAAUGGAAAAAUUGUAAUCCAGAAAAGGAGCGUUGCUUAUCAACUCAGUGAUACGUGGUCGACUUAAGAAAAUAAAAAUCCGAAUGAGCUCCCAACAAUUCCCACGACACGGGCAGCCCGCCUCGAGUCCCGGGGGACCUCCCCUGAUGCCCGCCGGUGGAAACCUGGUGGCUGUCAGUCAACCGUCAAAUUUGCAAGUAGCCGGCGCUGAGGCUGUGGACAGCGACCAGCAGGAGCACCCGCCAGCGGGAGGCGGAACGACGGUGGUCUUCCGGGACGACAAGCAGGAGACCAUGGUGGUGCGACCGUACCCGCAGGUGCAGACGCACGGGCAGCCACAGCCCGCCCCGCAGGCGCUGCCCAUCCAACCUGGUGGACCGCCUAUGGCCUUGCCUGCUCCGCCGGUGCAUCUGCCGCAAGGCCAGCCCACGGUCCUCACUGACGGACAGAUGAAGGAGGUUCUGAAGUCCCCCAUGCCGAGCCGCUUGAUAGCCCCUGCGCCAGCAUCCAACCAGGGCCACAUCACCAUUCCCCCCAAGGUCCCGGCCCACAUGACAGCCACCCCGGAGAGCAGCAGCGCUACCACGCUUUCUAUUCCCGUGGCCACCAUCAGCGGACAGCAGGGUCACUCUAGCAACUUGCACCACCUUAUGUCGGCCAACAUCCAGAUCAUUCGAGGUAGCGGCCCAACGCUGCAGAUCGGGACACCUGCCGUGCCGCCGCAGACUUUUACGUCGCAUCUGCCACGAGGUGCAGCUGCAGCCGCGGUCAUGUCCAGCUCCAAAACAGUCCUCCGACCGGCCACUGGAGCAGGCGCAGGCCCGGGCCAGCCCACCGUGCAGCACAUCAUCCACCAGACUAUUCAGUCUCGUCCGGCUGUGACGACGUCCACGUCUGUGCUUCCCACCGCGGUGGCCCCCAUUUCAGCCACGAGGACCCAGUCUCCCGUCAUCAGUCCCACGGCCACGCACUCUGCAGAAGUUGCUCACGGGCGUCCCGGCUUGACCAUUCACCCGCCGCCAGCCAGCAUCAGCAUCCAGAGGCCUCAGACAUCACGCGACACAGCCACGCGCAUCACGCUGCCCUCGCACCCGGCCAUCGGCGCUCAGAAACCUCAGCCACCGCACACCAUGACGCAGAAGCCCAUCUUCAGUACCGUCACGCCAGUGGCAGCCGCCACCGUGGCGCCCAUCGUGGCCACCAACACCGUGCCCUCCACUACCUCGAUUGGUUCCGUGCCCCACACCCAAAUGAGCAGCAACACUAUCGUCACCAUGACGAUGGCCUCCCACUCGUCGCACGCCACCGCCGUCACCACCUCGGCCAUCCCCGUCGCCAAAGUGGUGCCUCAGCCUAUCGCCCACUCGUCGUCUCGCGUGCAGCCCGACUACCCCGGGGAGAGAGCCAACCUCAUUCCCAUUCAGGGCCAUCGCUCGUCGCCCAACCCCGUCACCAUGGAGCCGAGAAGCGACAACAGGCCUCCCGUUCCGGUCCAGUUCCAGUAUUUCCUGCCGACGUACUCGUCGUCGUAUCCCCUGACUCACACCUACACCCCCAUCAGCAGCUCUGUGUCCACCAUCCGACAAUAUCCUGUGACUCCCCAAGCUCCAAGUUCCGCGCUGCCCGCGCAGGCCGGCGUGGGUGUGGCCACCACCGUGCACCUCAACCACAUGCAGCUUAUGGCGGUGGACCGCAUCGGCCUGCCGUCGGCGCAGAUCAGCACCCAGGGCAUCCAGCCGGCGCCCAUCGCCACGCAGGGCAUCCAACCGGCGCCCAUCGGUGUGCAAGGCCUCCACCCGGGUACGGCGUCCAUCGGUGCGCCUGGCCUCCAGCAGGGUGCUGGCCAGCAGCAGCAACCGCCCGCCGAAGCAAAAUCCGGUGUGGUCUUGGCUGACGGCUUUGUGGCUAACCCGAUCGGCAGCACCGCUCAACCGGUCGGCACCAUGGUGCAGGCUCACGGACAGGCAGGGGCGCCCACCCAGGGGUCCUCGCCGAGACCCUGCAUCCUACGCAAGAAGCCCACCACCGAAAGUUGUGUUCGCAAGACCCUCAUUCCUGCUCAGCCCAGUGAACCGAGCAACGUCCGAAUGGAGAGUGGCAUGAGAGGCGCGAGUUCCCCCCGACCCGCAGGAGUCAAACCCAAAGCCGAGGUGCACAUGGCGGUGGCCCCUCCCGUCAUGGCCGCCGUGGAUGCGCUGCCCCCGCCACAGGGCGGCGAGAAGCAAGCGAUAGUGGCAUCGGGGGCCCCGCACCUCGCCCAGGCCCUGCCCGCCAUUCUGGCCACGCCGGGGCCCGCACCGCCCUCUCAGCCCUCUGCCGUCCUUUCGGCCCUUCCUGCGGCCAUGGCGGUGACUCCGCCUACUCCCGCUUCCAUGGCCAACACGGUGGCGUCGCCCACGCCACCGGCCCCCAGCAGCACCGCCGCCUGCAUCGCCAGCUGCCCCGACGCCAAGGUCAAGCACGACCCGGACAGCGUAAACACCUCGCACCCAGACGCCAACCCUGUCCUGAACACCUCCGCCCUCAACGUGCCCCCCACGGGAGACCUCAUCCCAGGGGCCUCCCCGAGGAAGAAGCCUCGCAAGCAGCAGCACAUCAUCUCCAUCGAGGAGAGUGAGAUGAUGGAGACCAACAGCACAGACGAGGAGAAGGCGCCCGGGAGGCCCAUCACAGGCAGGGCUGAGCGCAGAGAGUCUCCCCCCAGGGAAUAUGUCGAUGAGGAAGGGGUGCGCUACGUGCCCGUCAGGCCCCGGCCGCCCGUCACCCUCCUACGGCACUACCGUAACCCCUGGAAAGCCGCCUACCACCACUUCCAGAGGUACAGCGAUAUCCGUGUCAAAGAGGAGAAGAAGGGCACCUUACAGGACAUGGCCAACCAGCGAGGGGUGGCGUGCCGAGCGCAAGGCUGGAAGAUUCACCUGUGUGCCGCACAGCUCCGACAGCUGUCUAGUUUAGAGCACGAUGUGUACAGCCGCCUGUCCUCCCUGCAAGAGGGCCUCAUCCCCAAGAAGAGAGCGGGAGCAGACGACGACCUACACCGCAUCAACGAACUCAUACAGGGCAACAUGCAGCGCUGCAAGCUGGUAAUGGACCAGGUGACGGAGGCUCGGGACACCAUGAUGAAAGUUCUGGAGCACAAAGAGAAAGUUCUGAAGCUGCUAAAUAAGAACAGUGCUGUCAAGAAGUCGUCCAAGCUCAAGCGCAAAGAGCGGGCGUGAGGACCCCCCCCCCCCAACUGUCCCUUUACCUGAACCCCCGCUCAGAAUCUGGUGCUAUGAUCUGCUCUAUACAAUCACAAGCACCCAACGUGGGCAACACGAGGCUGGCGGGGACCUUUUUAGGAAGAGGUUCUCACUUUUUUAGUUUUGUUUUCAUUUCCGAAGACCCCGAGAGACUAUGUUUGCCAACAUUGCUUCCACAGCGUCGCCUCGCCGUGGCGCAAAAGAGGCAAGGAGGAGUAAGAAACGGUAACGUGAAGACCAACCUCAAACGUGCUGUUUUAUGUUUUGUUUUCGAUCAGUGCCUUCGUUGUGUCUGCGGAUGAUUUGGCCGCCAGCAUUUUGCAACGACGUGUGCUCUCGUCACUCGUUUCCCUCCAUUUUGUAGCACCCGAUCAGGUUCCGAGUUUUCCUUGGGGAGUUUGCAAUUAAAAAUAGUGCUUUUUGUCAUCUUUGUUACAACUGUGAAUAUUAUUCCUAACAAUAGUAGAAAAGAAUGAAAGAAGUGAAGUGAAUGUGGAUGUCACCUAAACAUUGGCCUUUGCUUUAAGCAUGCUAAUUUGCAACACUGAAGACUUAGAAUGGAAAAACUCAUCCAUCUCUGACCUCAUCUUCAGACAAACACUGCUUAAGCAAUGUCCAUCUGAACAAAGUGGAUUUUUUUUUGUUUUAAUUGCAGACUCCCCUUUUAAAUCAAGUCAUGACUUUUCCUAAGUAGAAAAAAAAUGGUUUACAAUUUUCGUAAUUGGCAAUCAUGUUUUUUUUUGUUAUUAGUGAAGAAGGCCGAGAAGGAAUUUCAAACGGAGCGUUCUUAUGUUCACAAGGCAAAAUUACUGUUUUAAUGUGCUCUUUUCUUUUGUACACUCCUCCACCCUCAAAUUGCAGACAUUUUAUGCCCUGCGAUGUGUAAAAAAAAGAUUUCACAGAGAGGGAGAGUUGUAGUGAGUCGGGAUCAUUCAGCCCAGACCUUGUACAUUGUUUUUGUCUGUAAGUAUAGUAAAGAUGCUUCAACAGUG